CCCGGCGUCCUGUCAGUCAGCCCUCGCCUGGUCCACUCCGCCCCCAGCCGUGGCGGCUAUGCCUGGUUUCCAUGGUUACCGCUAAGUUGUUGUCCCUGGGAGGCCCGGGAAUCGGGUGAGGAUCUGGCUGCCGUAUUAUGAAGCUGUAGUCACCCCGGGAGAGUGCGGCCAUUUGUACGCCUAAGUGUUGACAUAAUGAAAGUUGAAACCCAGGCUUGCAGUGAAUCGGAGGAAGACUCGGGGGACGAUGAAGAAGACGAGGAAGAGUCCGAAGCGGAGAGUUUAAGCAGAACAUCCCCAGCAGACAAGGAAUCCACCAUUGAAAAUGCAGACCCUAAGCACCCUAACGCACUAGAGGAAAGCCAAAGUCAGGACACACGGCACCAAGCACAGGAAACGCCAAAGAUAGACAUCACUACGGACACAACAGACCAGUCCAAAAAGAAAAAGAAGAAAAAACGCAGGGCUGUAGGUAUCAAUUUAACAAGCUGCAAGUAUGAGAGUGUGCGUCGUGCCGCUCGGGUGUGCGGAUUGAAGGAAGUUGGAGAAGAAGAGGAGUGGACGGUUUUCUGGACAGACUGCUCCGUCUCACUGGAGCGUGUAAUGGAAAUGAAAAGAUUCCAGAAAAUCAACCACUUCCCAGGAAUGAGUGAGAUCUGUAGGAAGGACUUGUUGGCCAGAAAUAUGAACCGUUUGCUGAAACUUUUUCCUAAAGACUACAACAUCUUCCCACGAACCUGGUGCCUGCCUGCUGAUUAUGGUGACCUAACGGCCUACUGUCGCACCAAGAAAAACAAGACUUACAUCUGCAAGCCUGAUAGUGGCUGCCAGGGUAGGGGCAUUUUUUUAUCCAAAAACAUGAAGGACAUCAGACAUGGUGACCACAUGAUCUGCCAACAGUAUGUCUCUAAGCCAUUCCUGAUUGAUGGGUAUAAGUUUGAUCUACGUAUAUACGUCCUCGUGACCUCUUGUGAGCCCCUGCGUAUUUUCAUCUACAACGAAGGCCUUGCACGAUUUGCAACAACAAGUUACACAGAACCUAGUCACGUCAAUCUGGAUGACGUCUGUAUGCAUCUGACCAAUUAUGCCAUCAACAAACACAGUGAAAACUUUAUCAGAGAUGAUAUGACAGGUAGUAAGAGAAAACUAUCCACUCUAAGGACCUGGCUUGAGAACAACCACUACAACACAGCAAAGCUCUGGGAGGAUAUUGAAGAUGUCAUUAUCAAGACUCUGAUAUCUGCGCACCCGAUCCUCAAGCACAACUAUAGAACUUGCUUCCCAAACCAUAUCGCAGGCAGUGCAUGUUUUGAGAUUCUUGGAUUUGACAUUUUGGUGGACAAGAAAUUAAAACCUUGGCUGCUAGAGGUGAACCAUUCCCCAAGCUUUACCACAGACUCCCGCUUGGACAGGGAAGUGAAGGAUGCUCUGCUUUAUGAUACCCUGAAUCUGAUCAAUCUCCAGGCUUGUGACAAAAGGAAAGUUCUUGAGGAAGAUAAACGCAGAGUUAAGGAACGUUUACUGCAGCGCAAUCUGCCCAAGGAAAACAGACGUGAGCAACUGGAAAGCACUCAUGCUGCUUGGCUGGAACAAGUAGAAAAGUAUGAAGACAACCACUUGGGAGGUUUUCAACGUAUUUACCCACAAGCCACGACAGACAAAUACGAGAAGUUCUUCAAACACAGCGGGUCUUUGUUCCAGGAAACUGCUGCUUCAAAGGCCAGAGAGGAGUGUGCAAGGCAGCAACUGGAAGAGCUACGGUUAAAACAAGAACAAAAAGAGAUACCUACUUCAAAGAAGAAGAAAGAGCAAAAAGAUGCCUUACAAGGAGAGUCCGCAGGUGAAAAGCCAGCCAAAUACAAAGUGACCAGAAGACCGUCUACUCGUGUUGUGUCCAGUCGCUGUCGAACUGCAGAGAACAAGGUAGAAGAAGUGAAAAUUGACUCAAUGAAGCCAAUAGAAAUUGAUGAAAAAGAGGAAAUUGAUCGACUACAAGGUCUUCAGCAAAGAGAGAAGCUCAUUCGAGCCAUGGGCGUAGUGGAUCAUGUCUACAGACUGCUGAGCAUGCAAGAUCCCAGAACUCCUGACCUCAAGGCCUCUGACUACAGUCUAGAUGCCCAAACUAGAAAUCAACCUCGGUUUAACCAGGCACUUGUAAUGUGCCAGGACACAGAUGGAAGUAUGACCCAUGUUCCAGUGCCUUACCUAGGGAGCACAGCCAUGGAUACAAUAGCACAGACAGGUGCUGCGGUCAACCCCUUCAGCUUUGGCUAUUCAGCAGGUUUUUCCAGCCUCCUGGGUGCUAUUGGAGCACCACCACCGACCCAUUAUGCAGCCAGAAGAUACACACAUCGAAAAACCUUAACUUGGAAUGGAGCCCAAAGUAUACGAGCUAUAACUACUUACAAUGACAACAGUUCUCUUAACCAGCAAAUGAAAAGUGGUACCCACAUAAGACUAUCUAGUGCCAAAGCCAAGGUGGAGCUGAGAAGUCCAUCUAAUAAAAAGCCAAAUCGCUUUAAUGGAGUUUAUGCUGGCUCCCUGAAUAACUUGCCUCCUCAUGGUAAAGGCUCAUUGACAGCUUUAACAGGUUGCACUCUGCCUGCAGUGGGGGGAUCCUCUUCUGCUGAUGGACUACUAACCAUCUCAUCCUGCUCAGCUACUCUUGCUCAGCGCCCAGAUCAUUCAAGACAAUAUAUAAACUGGAAAUAGAGUUAAAAUGUGCCAAAUAACAAAGAACACCUACAAUUUGAACUCGGCCUUCUUUUUUCCACAGUUUUCUUAAAGUCCACGUCAGAUUUCCACUGUUAUCCAACAUAGCUGAACGAUUUAGUUUGCUGCACAUUGUUUUUGCACAGCAGAUAGUCUAGGAAUAAUGUCAUUUGCACUGUCACUAUUACAAUCACUAAACAUCAAGUAUUAGCACUUUGUCUAGUAUUAGAGGAAGGACUGCAAGGUCAUGGCCAAUGUUCAAACACUGUGAAUCUUUUAUGAACCCCACCAUUGUAAAUGAGUAUUAAAUAAAUCCAAGCUGAUCUACAGCUAAACAGUG